AUGAAGACCUUGCGGAACAGCCUCAUCCUCAGGAUAUUGCCUUGUGCUUUCUGUCUGCCACUGGUAGUUUCCUUCGAAGCGGUUACCAUCCCAGCAGAGCUGAAGUCAGCUGUGGUGAAAGUCAUAGUCAACACCACGUCCUGCAGCGUCACGUGUGGGCCCGGCUUCAAGCUGGAGGAGUUGUGUGAGAUCACUCCCGCCGGGGAGAGGAGGAAUUGUACCUUGCGCAGGUCCGACUGCCUGGCCGACUGGCUUUGUGGCUUGCUCCACUUCACCGUCCCCGUCGGCUCAUCCUUCCGGUUCAGCUGCCUGACCUCAGAUGUCAUCAACUUUGGUAGCAGAGCCUACAGCUGUACAUGGAAACUUGCCCAAGGCCUGAUCACCACUAAUGACAUGCUGUUCAGACCUUUCAAAAACCCCAGUUGUGUCAUCAGAUUUUCCCCUACCAGGGAGUCUGAUGCAGGGACUUACCAAUGCGACGUGCAGGUGUUGAAGACUUCGAGAAUCAUCAAGAGGGUCUAUUUUGGGGUCAGAAUGAUCCGAAAUGACUUAGUGGAUCUGAACUUUCAAAAAUUCUUGACCUGGGAACAGAAGUUAGCCGCCAAUGAGGCAGAAGGAAACACAGCAAACAGCACCCGUGAAGAAAUGCAAGAGCAGCAGCACUUUUGGCAAAGAAGACUGUUUUAUGAAUGCUUGGUGGGAGUUGGAAGUGGAGUGUUAGGGGUUGUCCUGGUGACCGUGGCGCUCUGCUGCUUGCGGAGGAUUUUGGCAAGGAGAGCUGCAGAGAAGUGA